AUAAAAGACAUGGAUCCCACCAACCAGCGCAGAAAACACAGAGAGCUUCACCUGGAAAAGUAAAGCAAGCGUGUAAAACUAGAUUUAAUUGACAACAUUUAGAUUUUUGCCUGCAGAAAGGGGGGGAAAGAGAUUAUUUUAUUCUUUUAAAUGGAUGCUUAUCAUUUUCUCUGAAUGCAGCAUUGAACAUGAGCAUCAUUUGAGCAGGAAAAAUAAGAAGAAUAACAGUUGAUCAGAAGAAUGGCUCUGACUGAAGCCGAGUUUGGACUCAAGAGCAGCAGCAUCAUGAAGGAAUGGAGCGGACAGGUUCAGCCGGCUCUGAUCGCAUCCUUCAUCAUCCUCUUCUUCCUUGAGGCCUGUCUGUGGGUCAGAAAUCUCACGUUCAAGAAAAGGCUUCCAGGCCCGUUCGCCUGGCCUUUGGUGGGCAACGCCAUGCAGCUCGGCCAAAUGCCGCACAUCACCUUCUCAAAGCUGGCAAAGAAGUACGGAAACGUCUACCAGAUCCGACUCGGCCGCAACGACAUUGUGGUCCUGAACGGAGAUGCGGCCAUACGGAAGGCGCUCAUUCAACACAGCACUGAGUUUGCCGGCAGGCCAAAUUUUGUGUCUUUUCAGAUGAUUUCCGGCGGUCGGAGCCUAACGUUCAACAAUUACAGCAAACAGUGGAGGAUGCAUCGAAAAAUCGCCCAGUCCACUCUAAGAGCUUUCUCAAUGGCGAACAGUCAAACCAAACAAACAUUUGAACAACAUGUAAUCGGCGAAGCAAUGGAUCUAGUCCAGAAGUUUCUGAGGCUCAGCGCUGAUGGACGCCACUUCAAUCCUUCGCAAGAAUUCACCGUCGCCGCCGCAAAUGUCAUCUGCGCGCUCUGCUUUGGGAAACGCUACGGCCACGAUGACCCCGAGUUCAGGACUCUCCUGAAAAGAGUGGAUAAGUUCGGAGAAACCGUCGGCGCCGGGAGCCUGGUGGACGUCAUGCCUUGGCUGCAGUCGUUUCCGAAUCCUGUGAGGAGCGUCUAUCAAAACUUCAAGACCAUUAAUGAGGAGUUCUUUGCUUAUGUGAAGGACAAAGUGGUCCAGCAUAGAGACACGUACGACCCCGACGUCACCCGUGACAUGAGCGACGCCAUCAUUGGCGUGAUCGAGCAUGGGAAAGAGAGCAUGCUGACGAAAGACUUCGUUGAGGCUACGGUCACUGAUCUAAUUGGUGCGGGACAGGACACAAUGUCAACAGUGAUGCAAUGGAUACUUCUGCUUUUAGUCAAACACCCAUCGAUUCAAACCAGACUUCAAGAGCAGAUUGAUAAAGUAGUGGGUCGUGACAGACUCCCAUCAAUCGAAGACAGGAGCAACCUUGCAUACCUGGACGCCUUCAUCUACGAAACCAUGCGCUUCACCAGCUUCGUCCCCGUCACCAUACCGCACUCCACCACCGCAGACGUCACCAUCGAAGGUCUCCACAUCCCCAAAGACACCGUGGUGUUCAUCAACCAGUGGUCCGUCAACCACGACCCUCAAAAGUGGCAAGAUCCUCACGUCUUCAACCCGUCGAGAUUCCUGGACGAGACCGGCGCUCUGGAUAAAGACCUGACCAACGGCGUGAUGAUCUUCUCGACAGGUAAGAGGAGAUGCAUUGGUGCGCAAAUCGCCAAGGUGGAGGUUUUUCUGUUCUCUGCCAUCUUGUUGCACCAGUGCUCGUUUGAGAGCAACCCUUCUCAGGAUCUCUCCAUGGACUGCUCAUACGGUUUAACACUGAAGCCGCUCCAUUACACAGUCUCGGCGAAGCUCAGAGGAAAACUUUUUGGCUUGGUAUCGCCGGCAUGAGUAAAAAGACCCAGCUUGUUCUUGCGACUAAAGGCCAGCAAAGACUGAACAUACUGCAAAUGUAUUCCACAUAACAAUGAGUAUUAGUAAAGCUGCACUGAAUGCUGUCUAAUAAUUGUAUAUUUAAUAUUUAAUGAAUAUUUACACAGUUUAUAUGUUUGAAAUGAUUCAAUCACAUCCAUAGAAAAUGUUGUCAGGUAAUUCUUCAAAUGUAAAAUAUAAAUCAUCUAUGCUUCAAAAUAAUGUUUUGCAGAUUACAAUAUGACGUGGUCAAAUGCCAAGCCACUGUCACUGUAGACACAUCAAUUAUUAUGUAAUAUUAUGCAAUUGUUAGUAUUGAGUCAUUAACUGCAGCUGUUGGAGGGCUGUAAGAACGUGACUCAGAUUUGGCAUCGCAGUGCAUUUAAUUAUGCUUGCAUAAAACUGUAUAACGAUGUGAUGAUGUACUUCAGGUAUUUUAAGUAUUAGGCAUUUAUUUAUACCCAUUAUACUGGUUCUAUAAAUUAUAUUCUCUAUAAAAUGCGUAGCAAUUUAUUCAUUGAGAUUCUUAAAAAGGCUCUCUUGUUGAGUCUCAAAGACUUCAGUCUCACGCUGGAUGAACUUCCUCAUUAUGUCAUUUCGAAGGUUCUCUCACAUGCACAGAUCCUCACAAUCGAACACAAAUCAGAUAUUCCUAUAUCAAUUGUGUAUUACAUUAUGGUAAAUGUUUACACUGAAUGUUUUGCAAGCUCUGUAACUGAAGUGCAUGUAUUCAGGAAUGCAGCUUUUUGAAGAAAAACUAGAAAGCCUUUUUUUUUUUUCCGAAUGUCCAGGUAUUGUUUUCUUUUUACUAUUGGAAAAUAAGCUAUAAGUGGAAUAAAUAAAGUGCUGUUUUACAACCUGUGAA